ACGGAUCAUCCGAGUCCGGCAACUUCUGAGGCCUCCACUGCCUAUAUGUCAACGCCCUCUGGAUUACGUGUCAUCUGCAUCUGGCUACGAAUCAUCGUCACCCGCCUACGCAUCCAGCAGCAAUGACGGGUGCACUUGCGGUGGCCACUGCACUUGCGGCGGACCAUUGCACAUGCGGCAAUUCUUCAAAGUCCAAGAGUCCAAGAAGUCCAAGACCAAGAGGUCCAAGAAGCCAAUGGGCCACCACUCCAAGACAUCGGGCGACUCGUGCGGCAAGCCCACCCACACCGUCUACCAGUCAAUCGAAUCCGACAACGGUAGCGCUGGCUGCGAAAGCCCCUCGCAUGUCGUCGUCGAGUCGGUUGAGUCCAACGUUGUGCAUGCUCCUCCGCACAAGCCGGCCAACACGCACACUGUCAUCGUCUCGCUGGAGCCCUGCGGCGGGCAUCACCACCACAGCCACGUCGUGGUCCAGUCGGUCGACUCUACUGUUGUGUCCGCCUACACGGGCCCGGCGCACUACAUCUACGAGUCGGUUGAGGUGUGCACCGGCAGCCCAGACCCGCAUGCCAAGCCGACCCAAGUCGUCAUCGAGUCUGUGGCCUCCACCGUGGUCCCUGGUCCCUCGCAUGCUCCUGCCAACACCCACACGGUGGUCGUCUCAAUUGAGAAGUGCGGUAGCAGCGGUCACCACCACGCUAGCCACGUGGUCUUCGAGUCGGUUGACUCCAGCGUUGCCCCGCCGCACACCGGUCCGGCGCACUAUAUCUACCAGUCCAUCGAGACCGCGAGCGGGGGCGCCAGCACAUGCUCGUGCGGACACGUCGAUGAGCCCAGCCCCCACACGGUGAUUGAGUCCGUCGAGUGCUCGUCGGAGCAGAGCAGCCCGUCGUACAGCGCGGCUGGGUACUCGUCCAACAACGACUCAAACAACGCCUACUCGUCGUCCUCUGCGGCAUAUGAGUCGUCACCUAGCCAGGAGUAUGCCAGCUCAAGCUCUGGCGGUGCCUAUGACACGCGCAUGGCUGUUGAGCCCGAGCAAGCUUCGGACGAGGAAGAUGAGGAGAGUGCCUAGGCAUCAGUUUGUUUCUUUUUCCAUCUCUAUACUUCAACAUGUUUGCCCGAACAGCACUCGGGUCCAAGCAUGCUUUCAAAAUAACAGGUCUUUUAAAAAAGUUUCCUGCGCAGCCGGGCCAACCAGCGAUGAGAGCGUGGCGAGCAAGAGAUUAG